AUGUCGUUAUCUCUCUUGUCAAAUACUUACAAUCGCUUAAAUUGGGAAGACUCUGAUUUUCCAAUACUUUGUCAAACAUGUUUGGGCGACAAUCCUUAUAUUCGUAUGACUAAGAACUUCGGUUUAGUUUCGGUGUAUCAUCGUUUUGGAAUUUAUCUAGGUUUACCUGUCCAAGUUCGGGAUCAAGCAUUGCAAAUAACAGAUGAGAUACCAACAUCAAUGGUUAAUAAAGAAUAUUUUACACAAAAUGUUGAAAAAGAUCUGGCACUCAACGAAGAACCACAGCCGUAUGGGCAGUUAGGAAAAGCACAACCGCCUAGUGAUUUGUUAUUGAAAUUAGCGCGUCCAACACCGUAUUAUAAACGAAAUAGGCCACAUAUUUGUUCAUUUUGGGUUAAAGGAGAAUGUAAACGAGGCGAAGAAUGUCCUUACAGACAUGAAAAACCAACAGAUCCAGAUGAUCCAUUAUCUAAUCAAAAUAUCAGAGAUCGUUUUUAUGGUGUUAAUGACCCUGUUGCUAGCAAAUUAAUGCAGCGAUAUAAAGAAAUGCCACAGUUAGAGGUACCGGAAGAUAAAACUGUCACGACACUUUAUGUUGGCAAUGCAACUGAUAUAACUGAACAACAAUUACGUGAUUAUUUUUAUCAAUAUGGUGAAAUUCGCUCCGUUACAUUGUUGACAAAACAAUCAUGUGCAUUUAUUCAAUUUACAACACGUGAUGCAGCUGAACGAGCUGCAAAUGAAUCAUUUAAUAAACUAAUUAUUGAUGGAAAACGUUUAACAAUAAAAUGGGGUAAACCACCAUCAGCUCAAAAGUCAACAAAUGACGGUCAAGAAGUCAUGUACGAACCUGUACCUGGUUUACCUAUGGUCGUUCCACUACCUGACGAUGCAAACAUUAAUAAAAACGAUUUUUUUGGUUUAUCACAACCUCCUCCACCCCCGCCUCCGCUACCAGGCUUUCUUCCAAAUCCAAAUAUGCACCCCUCAGCUCUCAGAACAUUGCCUCCUAUGUUUAUGCCACCAUUAAUGAGCAAUGCACCAUUGCCUCCUCCAUUAUCAUCUGGUAUGUUACAAGGAUUGAAACAAAGUGUACAUUAUCCAUCUCAAGACCCAACACGAAUGGGAGCGGGUGUUGUUCAUGCAAAGCCGAAUGAAUAA